CUCUCUAUUUAUACUGGCUUUUACUUUGAAACUUUUCUCAAUACUCAAAGUAACCUAAUUAAUUCUUUUAUCUUCUAUCUCCAAUCUCUCUUUCCUUCGCCUGAUUUUUCAGAGGAAGAUGGAGGUUGAUGCAGGAGAUGAUGGACGCAUCAGAACAGGAACCUUGGCAACUGCAACAGCUCAUGCUUUUACAGCAGUAGUUGGUGCUGGAAUCUUAGCAUUGCCAUGGAGUGUGGCUCAACUGGGAUGGAUCCUUGGUCCUUCUGUUCUUGUUUUCUUUGCAUUUGUAACUUAUUACAGUGCAAUUCUUCUCUGUGAUUGCUAUAGAACUCCUGAUCCUGUCAAUGGAAGAAGAAACCACACUUAUAUUGCUGCUGUCAGAGCUCUUUUAGGUCCAAGAAAUGAACUUUUUUGUGCUGUAAUGCAAUAUGCAAUACUAUGGGGCACAAUGAUUGGCUACACGGUUACAACUGCCAUUAGCAUUGGGGCUGUGAAGAGGACAACAUGUUUUCAUGCAAGGGGACAUGAAGCAAAAUGUGGGGUAUCAGGAAAUCUAUAUAUGGUCAUAUAUGGUGGAAUGCAAAUAGUUUUAUCUCAAUUUCCCAACUUGGAGAAACUGGCUUUCUUAUCAGUUGUUGCAGCUGUUACAUCUUUAGCAUAUUCAUCCAUUGCAUUGUGUCUCUCUAUUGCAAAACUUUCCUCAAAUCAUGAGUUUAAAGGAGGGAUCAUGGCUGCUAUGGCGGACAACAACAUUCCACAAGCUACAUCCACCAAAAUUUGGCAUUCAUUUCAAGCUCUUGGAAACAUUGCUUUUGCCUACACUUUCUCCAUGCUGUUGUUGGAAAUUCAGGACACUUUGAAAUCACAUCCACCAGAAAAUAAAGUCAUGAAGAGAGUAACCUUGUAUGCCAUUGGUGGAACAGCAUUGUUUUAUAUUUCUGUAGGGUGCAUUGGAUAUGCUGCAUUUGGAAAUGAUGUUCCUGGAAAUGUUCUUGCUGGAUUUUAUCAACCAUUUUGGCUUGUUGACAUUGCCAAUCUUUCUGUGAUUGUACAUUUAAUUGCAGCUUAUCAGGUGUUUAGCCAACCAAUUUUUGCUAUCCAUGAGAAGCUGCUUGCAUCAAAAUGGCCAACAUCAAGUUUUACUAGAAUUUACACCAUUAGAUUGCCAUUAACCCAUAAAGGCAUCUUCAGCUUUACACUAAGUAAGCUAUUUCUUCGAACCCUUUUCGUCGUUUUUACGACUACAGUUGCAAUGAUGCUUCCAUUUUUCAAUGCAAUUCUGGCUUUUCUGGGAGCUAUUUCUUUUUGGCCAUUAACAGUGUACUUCCCAUUGAGGAUGUACACAAUGCAAACAAAGAUCAAAAGAGGAAGCUAUCAGUGGAUGGGUUUUCAAGGUUUAAGCUUGGUGUGUUUGAUUGUCAGUCUCAUUUCAGGUAUAGGUUCAGUUGCAGGCAUGUUAGUUAGUCUUAAGAAAGCUAAGCUUUUUCAUAUUGAUUUGUAGGUGCAGAAACACUUUGUUUUAUUUUGAAUCUGUAGUAGAAGCCCUUCGUUUUCUAGAUGUUUUUCAGCAAUGAAAGUAUUACUACUCAUGAAAUUAUUCUC